GACAGUUAACUUCUCUGUCUACUGAGCUUGUGACAAUGGAUCCUGCCAUGGGUGAAUGGAGUGAGACAAGAUAUGUAAUUCAGUUCAUUUGUGAUGAGGUGAAGCGCCAAGUGCAGAUAAAGACGGGCAAGGAAUAUGAAACAUUCAAAGCCGUUAACUACAGGAGUCAGGUAGUGGCUGGAACCAACUAUCUCCUGAAGGUUCACAUUGGAGGAGCGAACUAUAUUCAUCUGUUUGUCUACCAGGAGCUUCCUGUUUAUGGAGAAAAGGUUGUGCUGUUGGAAGUACAGGAGAACAAAUCCAAAUCUGACCCCCUGGAACCUUUAUAACAAUAAAAUACUUACAGGCUGCAGUCUCAUAUGAAGAUACUCUGCUUCUUUAUUGUGAAAUUGAUUCCACACAAUAUUGCG